GCUGUGAUGACUUCCAGCUGUGAACGUGUUUAACGCAGAAACAGGAGGAGUACUACUUAACAGGUAGAGAGGAACCAGGUGCGGGUUUCCUCCAUGUGGUGAUGAGAUGAUCAGUGAACUUUAUUCAUCCUAACUAUCACCACUCUCAUCCACUGCGCGUGUUAGGACCCUGACUACACCUCCAUCAUGGCCUCCGCCACCUCGACCCCCGCUGCCGCCGCCUCCACCGGCCGCUCCAGCCGCUCUGCUAGCCGGCGAGGCACCGCAGCCUCCCCCGGCCUGCAGCCCGGAUCCUCCAGCUCCACCAGUCCGACCCGCAUGCACCGCAUCCAGGAGAAAGAUGAGCUCCGACACCUCAACGACCGCCUCGCCAACUACAUCCAGCGGGUCCAGGAGCUGGAGAGCGAGCGGUCCUCCAUCCUGUUCCAGCUGGAGGAGAAGGACGAGUCGAAGAGCCGGGAGAUGGGCAGCGUGCGGCGGCUCUACGAGGAGGAGCUGGCCGACGUGAGGAAGUCUCUGGACGGCCUGGCCGGAGAGAGGGCCCGCCUACAGAUCGACUACGGCAAUCUGUGCGAGGAGUACAGGAAACUGCAACACAGGAACCAGAAGAAAGAGAGCGAUCUGGCGAAUGCGCUGGCCCAAUGGAGGAAAGUCGAGGCGAUUCUGAGCGCCAAGGACGCCGAGUUCACCAAGCUGCUGUCUGAGAACAGGAGGCUGGAUGAGGACUUAACUGACGUGCAGGGCCAGCUAGAAAACGUAGAGGGGGUGCUGGCGGACACGAAGAACCAGCUGAGCUCUGAGAUCCUGAGGAGGGUGGACCUGGAGAACCAGGCGCAAACACUCAAAGAGCAGCUGGGACUCCAGAGGAACAUCAGUGAGCAGGAGAUCUUGGAGGUCCGAAGCCGACACGAUAGUCGUCUGGUGGAGUUGGACUCGGGACGACGGAGAGAGUUUGAGAGUAAAAUGGCCGAGACGAUACAGCAGCUCCGCCAGGACCACGAGUCUCAGCUGCUGCAGUACAAAGAGGAGAUCGACAGGACCUUCAGUUCAAAGUUACAGAACGCCCAGCAGGCGGCGUUGGAGAAAAACAACGUUGCGUCAGCUACAAGAGAAGAACUGGAAACCACCAAGCUCCGAGUGGAGAGCCUCAGCUCCCAGCUCCAACAGUACCAGAAAGAUAAAACGGUGCUGGAGGGCCGCUUCCAGGAUCUGGAGAGGACUCGGGACGGGGAGCGGGAGGUUUGGAAGCAGAGACUCGGUCAGAAGGAGCAGGAGAUGCUGACCAUGAGGAGCCAGAUGUUCACCCAGCUGGAGGACUACGAGGACCUGCUGGAUGUCAAGCUGGCUCUGGACAUGGAGAUCAACGCCUACAGGAAGAUGCUGGAGGUGGAGGAGCAGAGAUUGCAGUUGUCUCCCAGCCCCUCCCAGCACACAGCCGUACCCCGAACACACGAACACAGCAGCCACAAGCUCCGAGGGAAGAAAAGGAAACACGAGGGAGCCUCCGGCAGCUCGCCCGCCUAUAAGAUGUCCAGUCGUUCAGCAACGCACAGUACCGUGAGCGUAGCCGAGGUCGACAUGGACGGGAAGUAUGUUCGACUGAAGAACAACUCCGAGGCGGAGCAGCCGCUGGGCGGUUGGGUGGUACGGAGGAUGUACCCGGACUCUGGAGAACUCUCCUUCCACAUCCCCUCCCCCUGCAUCCUGGCUGGUGGGCAGACACUCACAAUCUGGGCAGCAGGUUCUGAGACGGAGGCUGAUUCUGGGGACCUGGUUCUGCAGGGCCACAGGAGCUGGGGCCCUGUCACUGAUAUACGGGUGGUUCUUAUGAACCCCAACCAUGAGGAAAUAGCGGAGCGCAGGGUGUGUAUGCAGGACCGAGGUGACGAGGAAACCGAACUAGACUUUGAUGAAGAGUACGUGGCAGGCAGCGACAUCCAGCACUUUCGGAGACAGGAUCUGUCUAAGGAGGAGGGGAGCUGUGCCGUCAUGUGAUUUGCUGCCUGGAAAACCUGGACCGGCUCUGGCCUCGAGUCUGGUUCCAGUUGUUUUCUCCUACAACGAACUCCACUCUGAGAAACUACAGUAGGACUUUGACACAUUAGUCAGACGCCUUAGAGCAACAGCAUCGACCUCAGUAUUCCUCACUCGUCUCAUGGCUCUUAACUGCACAAGAUGAUUAUGAGCUUUGCCUUGAAUUGAUCUCAUUUUAAAUGUGUGUGUGAUAUAAAACUUAAUAAAGCAUAAUAAAUUCAUUAUGGUAGAGACA